ACGAAUUUCUCUGUAUUGUCCUUUGGUUUUUUUGCGCCUACUAGUCUUCCCCAUGGCUUACUAGUAACAGGUUCUUCUAGUAUGACAGAUGAGAGAUUGCAGGAGAGACUAGAAAUUGCUAUGAUUAUUAUUGAGAGGGUAUGUGGGCUCCAAAAAUUCUAUAC